GUGAAGGUGUGUCUCCGAUGGAUCUUAUGGGACUCGGUCGGUUUUUGUCUUCGGUGGAUCUGCUUGGACCUAGUCUUCGUUCGCCUGUGUUCGUGUAUCUACAGAUUGGAUCCUUCUUAUCGACGCUUCGAUUUAUCGGCAACGAUUGCUUUUCUGGUGUGUUGGUCCUUUAGGUCCUAAGCAUAACAACUUCCAGACUAUCAAUUACAACAAAUUUUGUCCGGCUCCAGUGAGGAAGGGGCGAUGAUGGCAGCGCGUUUUUGGCUCGCUCCAGUGGUUGUAGUCAUCAUUAGAUGGUUUGCAGAUAUGAAUGUAAUUUUCAUUGCUUCUUAUGUUCUUUCAACUAUGAUUUUUGAUGAACAGACCGAAAGUAAAAAAAAAACAGAGGAGUGUCUUCACCGAAAAAAAAGACAAGUGUGACAAAAAAAAAAUAAGAAGAGAAAAACGUGGUCUUGUAUUUGCAAUUUUCACGGUCCUGCCCGCCUCCGCCUCACCAGAGCGGGGGUCUCGCGCGCGGCCGUGGCCUCCUCGCCGCUCGGUGCUCGUCGCUCAUCUACGGCCUAGCUGUAUUCCAUUGGGAGAAGCAAUGUCUGGAGUAAUAACUAAGUUCGUUGUUACAUCGAUGUUCAUGUGGAUGCCCCCGGUUGCAAUUAUGUAUGGGUUCUACCACCAGAAUUUUCCAGGUAUUAGUCACCUUUCAUCCUCAGCUCAAACUCUGGCCGGUGGGUUCCUUGCUGUCAUAUCGGUUAAUAUUGUGAUUGGCUUCUACAUAUACUACGCGAUGAAGGAGGCUCCCCGCCAAGAGCGAAAACCUGAUGCUGUGCGAGAGCGGAAACGUCUUACCCUAUCGUGGGCGACGUGUUGCAUGUUAUAUAGGAGGCGUGUGAGACCUGAUACGCAUACAAUGUCGUUGGAGAUUACAAUCUUGGAGGAGAAGAAAUACAGGAGAUACGGAGCUGGUUACAACCGAAUAUGAGAUAAAUACAUGCGCCUAUCUAUCUCUAUCUAUCUCCUAACAACAAGAGAAUAUCUCCUAUAUGACCGGAUACAUUGUAUGUUUAACACCCUCCCUUAAUCACAACUUGGUCAAGUUGAGAUUAUGCUUGAAAUCUUCGAAGCUUCUUAUAGGUAAGGCCUUUGUGAAUCCAUCUGCAACUUGAUCUCUGGAAUGCACAAACCAAAUGUCAAGUUUCUUCUGAGCAACUCUCUCUCUGACAAAAUGGAAAUCAAUCUCUAUAUGCUUUGUUCUGGCAUGAAAGACUGGAUUUGCAGAAAGAUA